AUGGGGAUUUAUCUUAGUACUCCUAAAACUGAGAAAUUUUCUGAAGAUGGAGAAAGUGAUAAUCUUAGAUAUGGUUUAUCUUCAAUGCAAGGAUGGCGUGCAACAAUGGAAGAUGCUCAUGCUGCAUAUACUGAUCUGGAUGAGUCCACUUCAUUUUUCGGUGUUUAUGAUGGUCAUGGAGGUAAGGUGGUUGCAAAGUUUUGUGCUAAGUUUCUUCAUCAACAGAUGCUCAAGAGUGAAGCAUACUUAGCUGGGGAUAUUGGAACCUCUCUUCAAGAAUCAUUUUUAAGAAUGGAUGAGAUGAUGCGUGGUCAAAGAGGAUGGAGGGAGCUAUCAAUCUUGGGAGAUAAGAUAAACAAAUUUACUGAAUGA